CGCCGCAGGGAGGCGACGGCGCCUGUUUGUUUUUAAAAUCGGGGAGUGCGUGCAGGCGGCUGAAGUCUCGGAGGCGACCAAAGGCGGCGGCCUGCGGAGGAAGGGGGACAGCCGAGGCAGGAGCUCGGGCACCAGCGGAGCUCCAGGACCCUGUGGAGCAUCAUGACCUGGGAAGCGUAGACGAGCCCAAGAACCUCUCCCGAAGAGGAAGGAAGAGCCAGCAGCUGUUUCUCCCCGUGCCUGACUGUGUCAUCCAGCAUCUUCCUCUGCCCCUGCUCUGCCCUCACUGGCUCAUAGACAAGGACUGGCCUUCCAACAGGAUCUUUCUCCAGGGGAUGGGCAACUGGUGAAGUAGAUCUCACUGCCAGGGCUCAGUUGGGCACACCAUGAACUUCCAGGCCCAGCCCAAGGCUCAAAACAAGCGGAAGCGUUGCCUCUUUGGGGACCAGGAACCAGCUCCCAAGGAGCAGCCCCCACCCCUGCAGGCCCCACAGCAGUCCAUCAGAGUGAAGGAGGAGCAGUACGGUGGGCACGAGGGCCCUGCAGGGGCAGCCUCCACCUCCCAGCCCGUGGAACUGCCCCCUCCCAGCAGCCUGGCCCUGCUGAACUCUGUGGUGUAUGGGCCUGAGCGGACCACAGCAGCCAUGCUGUCCCAGCAGGUGGGCUCAGUAAAGUGGCCCAACUCUGUGAUGGCUCCAGGUCGGGGCCCUGAGCGGGGAGGAGGCGGGGGUGUCAGUGACAGCAGCUGGCAGCAGCAGCCGGGCCAGCCUCCACCUCAUUCGACUUGGAACUGCCACAGCCUAUCCCUCUACAGUGGACCGAAGGGGAGCCCUCAUCCUGGCGUGGGGGUCUCUACCUACUAUAACCACCCCGAGGCUCUGAAGCGGGAGAAAGGAGGGGGCCCACAACUGGACCGCUAUGGAAAUGCGGUGCGGCCAAUGAUGCCACAGAAGGUGCAGCUGGAAGUAGGGCAGCCCCAGGCGCCCCUGAAUUCUUUCCAUGCAGCCAAGAAACCCCCAAACCAGACGCUGCCCUUGCAACCGUUCCAGCUGGCGUUCGGCCCCCAGGUGAACCGGCAGGUCUUCCGGCAGGGCCCACCUCCCCCAAACCCCGUGGCCGCCUUCCCCCCACAGAAGACGCAGCAGCAGCAGCAGCAGCAGGCAGCCCUCCCUCAGAUGCCGCUCUUUGAGAACUUCUAUCCCAUGCAGCAGCCCGCUCAGCAGCCCCAGGACUUUGGCCUGCAGCCAGCUGGGCCACUGGGACAGUCCCACCUGCCUCACCACAGCAUGGCACCCUAUCCCUUCCCUCCCAACCCAGAUAUGAACCCAGAACUGCGCAAGGCCCUCCUGCAGGAGUCAGCCCCGCAGCCUGCGCUACCUCAGGUCCAGAUCCCCUUCCCUCGCCGCUCCCGCCGCCUCUCGAAGGAGGGUAUCCUGCCUCCCACUGCCCUGGAUGGGGCUGGCACCCAACCUGGGCAGGAGCCCACCGGCAAUCUGUUCCUACAUCACUGGCCCCUGCAGCAGCCGCCACCUGGCUCCCUGGCACAGCCUCAUCCUGAAGCUCUGGGAUUCCCACUGGAGCUGAGGGAGUCGCAGCUGCUGUCUGAUGGGGAGAGACUGGCACCCAAUGGUCGGGAACGGGAAGCUCCCACCAUGGGCAGCGAGGAGGGCAUGAGGGCAGUGGGCACAGGGGACUGUGGGCAGGUGCUACGGGGUGGGGUGAUCCAGAGCACGCGGCGGAGGCGCCGGGCGUCCCAGGAGGCCAAUUUGAUGACCCUGGCCCAAAAGGCGGCAGAGCUGGCCUCACUGCAGAAUGCAAAGGAUGCCAGCGGCUCUGAGGAGAAGCGGAAAAGUGUACUGGCCUCAACUACCAAAUGUGGGGUAGAGUUUUCUGAGCCUUCCUUAGCCGCCAAACGAGCGCGAGAAGACAGCGGGAUGGGACCCCUCAUCAUCCCAGUGUCUGUGCCUGUGCGGUCUGUGGACCCAACUGAGGCAGCCCAAGCUGGAGGUGUUGACGAGGACGGGAAGGGUCCUGAACAGAACCCCACUGAGCACAAGCCAUCAGUCAUUGUCACCCGCAGGCGGUCCACCCGCAUCCCUGGGACGGAUGUUCCAGCACAGGCUGAGGACAUGAGUGUCAGGUUGGAGGGCGAGCCUUCUGUGCGGAAACCAAAGCAGCGGCCACGGCCCGAGCCUCUGAUCAUCCCCACCAAGGCGGGCACUUUCAUCGCCCCACCCGUCUACUCCAACAUCACCCCAUACCAGAGCCACCUGCGCUCUCCUGUCCGCCUGGCUGACCACCCCUCCGAGCGGAGCUUCGAACUGCCCCCCUACACGCCACCCCCCAUCCUCAGUCCCGUGCGGGAAGGCUCUGGCCUCUACUUCAAUGCCAUCAUAUCAACUAGCAGCAUCCCGGCCCCCCCUCCCAUCACGCCGAAGAGUGCCCAUCGCACCCUGCUGCGGUCUAACAGCGCUGAAGUCACCCCGCCUGUCCUGUCUGUGAUGGGGGAGGCCACCCCAGUGAGCAUUGAGCCACGCAUCAACGUGGGCUCCCGGUUCCAAGCGGAAAUCCCCUUGAUGAGGGACCGCGCGCUGGCAGCUGCAGACCCCCACAAGGCAGACUUGGUGUGGCAGCCCUGGGAGGACCUAGAGAGCAGCCGCGAAAAGCAGAGGCAAGUGGAAGACCUGCUGACAGCUGCCUGUUCCAGCAUUUUCCCUGGAGCUGGCACCAACCAGGAGCUGGCCCUGCACUGCCUGCACGAGUCCAGGGGAGACAUCCUGGAAACGCUGAAUAAGCUGCUACUGAAGAAGCCCCUGCGGCCCCACAACCACCCACUGGCAACUUAUCACUACACAGGCUCCGACCAGUGGAAGAUGGCUGAGAGGAAGCUGUUCAACAAGGGCAUUGCCAUCUACAAGAAGGAUUUCUUCCUGGUCCAGAAGCUGAUCCAGACCAAGACCGUGGCCCAGUGCGUGGAGUUCUACUACACCUACAAGAAGCAGGUGAAAAUUGGCCGCAACGGGACUCUAACCUUUGGGGAUGUGGAUACAAGUGAUGAGAAGUUGGCCCAAGAAGAGGUUGAAGUGGAUAUUAAGACUUCCCAGAAGUUCCCAAGGGUGCCUCCUCCCAGAAGAGAGCCCCCAAGUGAAGAGAGGCUGGAGCCCAAGAGGGAAGUGAAGGAGCCCAGGAAGGAGGGGGAGGAGGAAGAGCCAGAGAUCCAGGAGAAGGGGGAGCAGGAAGAGGGGCGAGAGCGCAGCCGGCGGGCAGCAGCUGUCAAAGCCACGCAGACACUACAGGCCAAUGAGUCGGCCAAUGACAUCCUCAUCCUCCGGAGCCACGAGUCCAACGCCCCUGGGUCUGCCGGCGGCCAGGCCUCGGAGAAGCCAAGGGAGGGGGCAGGGAAGUCACGAAGGGCACUACCUUUUUCAGAAAAGAAGAAAAAACCGGAGACAUUUAAUAAGACCCAAAAUCAGGAGAACACUUUCCCUUGUAAAAAAUGCGGCAGGGUGUUCUACAAGGUGAAGAGCCGCAGCGCCCACAUGAAGAGCCACGCGGAGCAGGAGAAGAAGGCGGCAGCGCUGAGGCAGAGGGAGAAGGAGGCCGCAGCAGCUGCAGCCGCCGCGGUCGCCUCGCACCAGCAGGCCCUGCGGGAGGAGGGCGGCGCGGGUGACAAGGGCUGAGUGCGGGAGCCCUCUCUCUGGGUCCCGGGCCCUGUACCGCUGCCCGCAAACACCCUGGAACCUCAGGAGGGAAUGAGGAGAGAAUCACAUGGACCUUUCUCUGCAAAACAAAUUUAAGACAGUGAAAUAAACGGCUCUUUUAUUUAUAAAGGCCCCAGGAGCAGUGUUAAGGGCUGCAAGAUCCAGUUCUCUUUGUCCUCAUGCUUUCCCGGAACACGAGAGUCCUGGUCCCCUCUGGAGGGGCUCCACGGCCGCCUCUCACACUCCGGUCUCUGCUGCUGUGCUGCCGCGGUCUCUUCGCUCCUCUUUGCCUCCCCUCCUCCCCUCGCUCUCCAGGAAGCCGCCGCGGUGAGCCAAGCACAAGCUCACCCUCCUUGCAAUGUUAUUCCUCCUCCCCAGAGGACCUCGAAGGCUGCACAGGCCCUGCCCCAAGCCCCAGAAAAAGGAACUCCCUUGGAAGGAGUGUAGUGUCCAUCUCUGAGAGCCUGACACUUGUGCUGUGCCUGCGCAACAGUAUCCGGGCCUGUCUGAGCUGCUCCAGUGACCUGUCCUCAGAGUGGCUACCUUUUCCCUGGGAGGGAGGCCAAGACAGGUACUAUCCCUUUGCUGCUUGCUAGCAGCCCUGCUGGGGCUAGAAAGUUUGAUCAAAUGUUUGGGGAAGGGGCCAUUGUUUUUGGCCAAAGCUCUCAGCCCUCUGCAGGGAAGAGAAAUGUACAGAGGCUGGAAGCUGCAUGGCUAGGCGUGAGGGAGCUGUUGACAAGCCUGGCCCUUCCUGCCUCCCACCUUUUUGCCAAAUACCUUUGAGACCUGGAGGCUGCUAAGGGAGCUUAGCCUCGAGCAGGUACUGGAGAGACCUAGCCUGCUCUUCCUUGGUGCCAGCUCCCUGCUUGCCUCUGCCCUGCCCUCAGCACCUGCCACCUCACCCUACCAUACCCCAUCCGAUGUUGAUGUCCACAGCUCAGCCCCCAGUUCUGUACGCUGGAGAUUUCUGGAUCCUUCCCUGGGAGAGGGAGGUCUCCUAACUAGAUUGGACAGGAGCCUUCAUUCCUUGACUUACGUCAUUUGGGAGCUAUUUAUUUAUUCUUAAUAUUUAAUUUUUAACAUCCUCUCAGGGACCAGGGGCCUCCUGCUUUCCAGAGGCCCAAGUGCAUUUAUCCCAAAACAAGGCACCUUCUUGACAUCGCUUUCCCCACCCCCAGUUCCCAAGGCCCUAAGGUCCCUCAACUCGUUGCUCUGGAAGCUCUUGCCAAUAGGAAUGGUAGUAGCACCGAAAGAGGGUGGGAAGGUAGAGGGUGUCACCAAAGCCACACAAAGACUAGCAGGAGCAAGGGAGAUCAAAGGCACUUGUUGCUGCUGCCCCUUCUCAGCUGUACUUUAAAAUUGCCUGAGGGAAUGGCAAGAGGCCAGAAUUCUAAUUUUGUUUUUCAGGCCUUGAGUCUGGCUUUAAAGAAGCCAUAUUUGGCAUGGAGUCACUGAAAUGAAAGGGACAGAGGUUCUGGAGGCCUCUCACUUGCCAGUCCCAUAGGGGGACUGAGUUAUUUUUCUGAUGUUAUUACUCAACUUUGUGCAAAAGAAAUUCUAAGUGGAUGCACAUGACAGAUCAGCAUGUUAGGAAGGAGCCAAAAACUAUUCUGCUCUCCUUAUACAGUAGCCUAAAGGCAUCAUGCCAGUAACUGGGAGUGGAGAGGGAGUUUUGUUUUGAAACUAUGCACAAUCAGGUCGGCAUCCAUUAUACGUUAAUAUGGUUCUACAGGAUCCCAGCUAUGGAAGUAACAAAAUUCUUCUCCCUCCAGACUCCUGGAUGACUACCUACAUCUGCAGUUUCCCAGUCCUCCAUAGGCUUCUGCAAGCUCAGUGUCCCCAAACCGCAAAAAUCUGGUGUACCCUUUAAAAGCAGGAGGGCAACAAAUUUAGGCUCUCUUCUAAGUUGCUUAUAUAAUAUGAGUGCCUUUGCAGCUUAGCCCCAAAGUGCUACUUAUGUUUCCCAAGGUUUUUCCUACUCAAACUAUAUUUAGUUUCAGGCCCCUUUAUGGACAUGUGAUAAUAGAAACCUCCUUCAUUCAUAUGAGACCCUUCUAUUCAGUGGUAACAUCCAAUACUUGGAAAUCUUUUUUAAUAAGAAAGUGAGUCUACUCUUCUAAGCUCACAGAGACCAGACCAGGUGAAUAACUGGUGAAAAUAAGGGUGGUACCUCUCUGUAAUCCCACCAGACACCAUAUUUUAGGAGGGUCCAUGCUCCAGGAU